CGUCGCCGCUGCCGGACGCGCAGAGCCUGGGCGGGCUGGACAGACGGCUGCCGCGGCCGAGCGCACUGCAGGGUCUGCGGCGCGCGCUGCGUCCGGCGGGGCCGGGACGCGGAUCGCAGCGGUGCCGGUGGCGCGCUCUCCAGUCGCAGGCCUUCUGCCACCAGCCCCUGGAGUCCGAGAAGCACCACCAUGACUGGGCUGCUGAAGAGGAAGUUUGACCAGCUGGAGGAGGACUUCUCUUUCAGCUCCUCCUCCUCUUCCUCCCGAAGUUUCUCUUUCUCCUCCUCCCCCAGUUCUUCUGUCUCCCCUGCCUGGAACUCAGAUGAGGAGGAACCAUAUGGUCAGGCACCCCUGCCUGACCAGGACCUCUGUGGCCUCCAGAGUUUCACUCCCCCGUCCAUCUUGAAGCGGGCUCCCCGGGAGCGCCCACGCCAUGUAGUCUUCGAUGGCAUCACUGUCUAUUACUUCCCAAGGUGCCAGGGAUUCACUAGUGUGCCUAGCCGUGGUGGCUGUACCCUGGGCAUGGCUCCUCGCCACAGCACCUCUCGCCUGUUCUCCUUAGCUGAGUUUACACAGGAGCAAGCGCAGGCUCGGCGUGAGAAGCUCCGUCAACGCUUGAAGGAGGAGAAAAUGGAGACACUGAGGUGGAAGCUUUCAGCAACUGGGAUGCCUGAGACGGAGGCAGGCCUGCCCCUCACAGUGGAUGCCAUCGAUGAUGCCUCUGUAGAAAAGGACUUGGCAGUGGCUGUGGCCAGUGGCCGGUUGGAGGAAAUCAACUUCCUGCAGCCCCACCCACCUCGGAAACGUCGGGCCCUGCUGCGGGCUUCAGGUGUUCGAAGGAUUGAUCGAGAGGAGAAGCGAGAGCUGCAGGCACUGCGCCAGUCUCGGGAGGAUUGUGGCUGUCACUGUAAUGGGGUUUGUGACCCUGAGACCUGCAGUUGCAGCCUGGCAGGCAUCAAAUGCCAGAUGGACCAUACAGCAUUCCCUUGUGGCUGCUGCAGUGAGGGCUGUGAGAACCCCAACGGCCGUGUGGAAUUCAACCAGGCCCGAGUUCAGACACACUUCAUCCACACGCUCACCCGCCUGCAGAUGGAGCAGAGGACGGAGAACCUGGAGGAACUGGAGUCACCCACUCAGGAGAGUCCCCCUGCCCCUGUUGAGCAAACCCUGGUCUCCACUUUGCCACUGGCCAAGCCCCCUGUGAGCAGUGAGCUGGGAGACAACAGCUGCAGCAGUGACAUGACUGAUUCUUCUACGAUGUCCUCCUCCUCAUCUUCCUCAUCAUCUGGCAAUAGCAGGGCCCUGGACUGCCCCGAUCACCCCAGUUUGCCAGGUCCGGGCUUCCAGUCUGGCAUGGAUGACAGCCUAGCACAGAUCCUGAGUUUCAGUGACUCAGACCUCGGUGUUGAAGAGGAGGAAGAAGAGGAGGAAGGGGGUAUGGGGAACCUCGAUAACCUCAGCUGCUUCCAUCUGGCUGACAUCUUUGGUACUGGUGACCCCAGCGGCCUGGCCAGCUGGACGCAGGGCCAAUCUGGCUCCAGCCUCACAUCGAGCAUCCUGGAUGAGAACGCCAACCUAGAUGCCAGCUGCUUCCUAAAUAGUGGACUUGAAGGGUUGAGAGAAGGCAGCCUCCCUGGCACCUCUGGAGCCCCUGGCAGGGAUGCCAUCCAAAACGGCUCCUUGGAGCUCAGCUUAUCAUCCUGUGACUCCUUUGAACUGUUCCAGGCCCUGCCGGAUUACAGUCUGGGGCCUCAUUAUACUUCCCAAAAGGUGUCCAAUAGCCCGGAGAACCUUGAGGUCCUACAUGGCCCUUUGCCCAGCCUCUCUCCAUCGAGGGAUGCCAGCACUUGCUUCCUAGAAUCGCUCAUGGGCCUGUCGGAGCCAGCCACCGAUGUUCUGGCUCCCCUUCUGGAAAGCCAGUUUGAGGACACUGCCCUAGCACCUCUAGUGGAGCCUGUGCCCGUGUAAGGACUAAGGUGCCUUUUCCCUGCCCAAGAGCCCCGUUGCUUUUUGUGAUCUGGGGUGCUCUGUAGGGUCUGUAUGUAUGUAACAGUUUCCCAUGGGCUGGUCCUGGCCAUCAUGGCUGCUGUAUGGGCAACUCCCUAUUUUUACAUUAACACUCUGAAUUUAUUUAUUUUUAUUUUUUUCUGUACUGAAGAGAGGGUGAGGAGGGGAAUCCCUCUUACAUAUAGUGCCUGGUAUCUUCAUAUCCAAACAGAGGUCUUCUGCCUCCUAGUGUGUGCCAGGAGGAGCAAUAGGCAAUGGGGCUGUCCUGCCUCACAAACCCUGUUUCUGCAUCUGUGUGGUGCUCCUUGGCCCAAAGACAGUGAGACUGGGCUGAAACUAGGCACUUAAUGGCUUCCGAAGAACCAUGGGUGGCUAGACUUCUGGACUGUGAAGACUGUGUAAUUUAUUUCUGUAAUUUAUUUGGGGACUGACGCCACAUUGGCUGAGCCUCUCUGGUUGGUGGACAUUGUUGGGGGCAGAGUCCCUUUAGUGUCCCCUGCCUGGGCUUUGGUGUGGACCAGGUGUGUGUUUGAGCCUAUGGUCUCCUAUGUCAGCUGCCUGGCUACUGGAUAGUUAAGCAGGGCAGAGGCUGGGCUGACCAGCUGUGACCAAAACUCCCUCUACCCUACUGCACCCCUCUAUUUCCUGUCCCUGCCCAUAUCCCACUCACCAAGGCCAUGGGCUAUUAGACCCCUCAUGUAGGAUGGGGUGCCAGAGGUAUAAAGAGGGGCAAUGGGCCUGCCUCAGGACACGAAGCAUGCCCCAGAUCACUGUCUCAGGGCUUUCUAGGGAAUCCUGGCCCACCAUAUGUGCGCCCCCCCACCGCCCUGGGCCGUGCAAGGAGGGGUGGCUCUUGAGGGCUUUUAUGCCCUGCAUUAGCUGAUGUUGGAUUUUUAUGCAUUUUUAUAUUGUCUCUAAGUGUCAGAACUAUAAUUUAUUCAUUUCUCUGUGUGUCUGUGCCAAGAAACCCAGGCUCUGGGCCUGCCCCUGCUCAGGAGGCCUUGAUAGCCUGGGUGCUUGUGGGAACACAUUGUACCUGAGCUGACAGGUACCAAUAAAGAGGCUCUAUUUUUA